UUUUUUUUUUCUUUCCUUUAUCUUCAAAUGAAGUUAUUAGAUUCCAUUGCUCAAGAAUACCCAAGGCUGUCUGACAUGGUGCAACAUUAUGCCCGAGAAAAACCCACAGGUCCCUUUUGCUGGGAGGAUUAUGUGGGUCCUAACCUGAGAAUCAUUGCUGCUGAACCUGAUAAACUGACUUGGGAAUUCAAAGUGGAUGAACAACACUGCAAUAGCUUAGGUAAUUUACACGGUGGUUGUGUGGCUACAUUGAUUGAUAUCUGCAGUAGUUUUGCCAUCUUAGUCAGUUCUAACAAAAGACAAUGGCAAUUGAUUGGUAUCUCUACUGAUCUAUCCAUUGCUUAUCUUAGUGGUGUUGCUAAAGACAACGUGCUUCGUAUUGAAUGUGAAAUUCAAAGGGUUGGCAAGACACUGGCUAAUAUUUUUACCAAAAUUUAUGAUCAAGACAAUCGCUUAUGCUAUACUGGAUCUCAUACCAAGUUUAACAUUGAUUCAAGGCUAUAAUUGGUAACGCACUUGAAACAAAGUCACAUUUAAGACCAACAAUAAAAAGGAUUUUUUCUUUUUCUUUCUUUU